CGGGGGAGGGGGCUGGCACACAAAAUUCUUGCGCAAGUGUUUGUUAAGCCUCUGCCGCUGGCGAGCUCGCAGCCUGGUCGGAGCGACGUGAGCAGACAAAAAGAGAUCGCUCUUGCAACGAACGGGAACUCCGUCUCUUCCGAAAGGGGAGCCUUUCCGUGUUCUGCGGCACGAGGAGUUUGAAGAAGGCUGCAAAGCUUCCUGCAAUGGGCCUUACGAUGGGAGAUGGAGUAAAACCAUGGUGGGAUUUGGGCCUGAGGAUGAUCAUUUUGUUGCAGAACUGACGUACAAUUAUGGCAUUGGCAGCUACAAGCUUGGCAAUGACUUCCUGGGUAUCACACUGGCUUCCAGCCAGGCCGUCAGCAAUGCCAAGAAGCUGGAGUGGCCGCUCACGGAAGUUGCCGAAGGCGUCUUUGAAACCGAGGCCCCAGGAGGAUAUAGAUUCUACUUGCAGAAGCACAGUGCGCCUCAGGCAGAUUCUGUAGUGAAAGUAACUCUAGCCGUGUCUGAUCUUCAGACGUCCUUGAACUACUGGUCUAAUCUACUGGGAAUGAAAAUUUACGAAAAGGAUGAAGAGAAGCAGAGGGCCUUGCUGGGCUAUGCAGAUAACCAGUGUAAGCUGGAGCUACAGGGCAUCAAGGGUACAGUUGAUCAUGCAGCAGCUUUUGGAAGAAUUGCCUUUUCUUGCCCCAAAAAAGAGUUGCCCGACUUAGAAGACUUGAUGAGAAGGGAGAACCAGAAGAUUCUGACUCCCCUGGUGAGUCUGGAUACUCCAGGAAAAGCAACCGUGCACGUGGUCAUUCUGGCCGACCCUGAUGGACAUGAAAUUUGCUUUGUCGGGGAUGAAGCAUUUCGAGAACUUUCUAAGGUGGAUCCGGAAGGAAGCAAGUUGUUGGAUGACGCGAUGGCGGCGGAUAAAAGUGAUGAGUGGUUUGCUAAGCAGAAGAAACCAAAGGCUUCGGGUUAAUGGAAGACAUCGUGUGACGCAAGUGCCGUGGUUCCUGGCCAGCACCCAAGAGGCGCUGGGCAGGCGGGGGGCCUUGGUGAUGAAGAUAGAGGUGGAUUUUAAUCUUUCAGAGCUACGGCGCAUUUUAGUAAUGAAAUUCAAUGACUAGUCCAUGCAGAGGAGAAACUCUUCACCGGAAUGGCAUGUUCUACGUGUAACUGUGCGAGAGGUGUGACAGUCACUUUCCAACCUGGGGCAGCCGCGUGGGACGCUACCCUUGGUUGGGGAUGGAGGGAAUUUUGAUGAGCUGUGAGUCAUGCAGGAGUUACAAGCACAACUGCUCAGAGAAAUCCAAGUCAGUUGCUCGUUAUGGUCGGACUGGAGUUCCUGAUGACGGAAAGCUGCUCUUGUCUUGAUCUGGCAGAUCUUGACAUUGAAGAUUGUUCUAGAGGAGCUUUGUUCCUUGUUUCAAAAGAAUUGCUUGGCACCCCCAUCUCACUUGCUCUGACAUUUUGGGCAGCCAGAGGAAACAGCAGCAGGGAUUUCAUGUGUUGGGUGGCUCUGUGCCAUGCUCUUCAUAUAAUUUUUUUAAUCCUCCCAAGAUAGAACAUCAUAUUAGAUUUCUUAAAAUUUCUUAAGUGAUUUCUUCAGCCUGAAAAAAAAUUCUUUUGUAGUUUUCUGUUUAGUUUCAAGGGACAAAUUGGCUUUAAUCACUGGAACAGAACCAAAAACGUCACUACAAACAGAAUUGUAUUGGGUGUGUUAUUAAAGUUUUUUGAAAAUUGGCUUCCAAAAUCAAACUGUUAGACCAGUCUGAGUCUCUCAGUUGAAAGUGCUAGCCAGGCGCAGACUGUAGAGAGGGAGAAGGGAACGGAUAGACCUGGAGGAUACCAGUUGCAAAAAAGUGUGUAUGACGUGACCCCGAGUCCCGGCCUGUUCUCGCGUGUGCGGGAGGCGUGCCGCCGUGGCGGGCAGUCAGCCUGCCUCCUCACAGACCAUCUUCCCUUCCCUGGAGCACCCCACACUUUUCAUUGACCCUGAGUUGCCUUUCUUGAGAAGCAGUCAUGAGUUUCACAGCAAACUAAGUUAUAUUUGCUCCUCCCCCCGGGGAAUCAGUUCUUACUUCUUUCUAUACAUGGGGAAGUUAGUAUACAAGCUGCAUAUAAUCAGAUAAGGUUCUGUGUCUUUAGACAAUGGCUUGUUAAUUUUCUAAGUGUAAGUAAUAAAUGACUAACACAUCUA